AUGCGUCUCCUCGCUGUCUUCCUGGCCCUCGUGUGCGUCUCCAGGGGCUAUGGAGGAGCUGCGGAGGGGUUAGGGGAUCGGGGGAUCGGCAGGGAGACGUCGUAUCCAGGACCCCACGCAUGGAGAGAGGGCGGGAGAGGUUCGUGGAUGGAGUACGGGGGAGCAGCAGUAGGCCCUUUGAAGGGCAGCCUGCUGCAGCAGCAGCGGCGGGAGCACCGUCAGCAGCAGCGGAUGCGGCAGCAGCAGCGACGGCUGCUUCUCGCUCUUAUAACAACUGCUUCUGUUGCUUUGGUGAUGUUAGUACUUAAGUGCUACUUCGUUCUUACUGGGAGCCCCCAAUCUGAACCCUACGGCUCUUUAGGGGGCCCUUCUUAUCGGCGUCUCGCUGCUAAGAGGCUCUGUGGACGGAGCCUCUCGUCCCCAGCCUCAUCAACAGCAGCAGCAGCUUCUUCUUCUUCUUCUCUCUCUCCUUCUUCGUCUUCGUCUCCUCGUCAGCCUCAGCCCCAGCCCGUAGCCCCGGUAGUAGGCGCUCCUACUCCCCAAGCACAGGUAGCUGUAGCGUACAGCUCUGGCGGCUCUGCUUCUCGAGGCAUUGUGUUGGGGGGUCCCUACCCCCCCUUACCUCGUGGGCCUCAACAUCCCGGGGGGCCCCCAAAUAAUUCCGCGUACCCCCGAGAUGCCGUGGGGCCCCCGGGGCCCCCUGGCGUGGUUUAUUACGAAGGGCCCAUGGGGCCCCUGGGAGCCGGGGGGUUCCUGCAACCCGA